AGAUACUGGGAAGACAUGCUUGUUGAAAGCCAUGCUGAACCUCCACAACGGCCGGAAUGACACCAUCCCUCUCCUGCUGGAGAUUGCGGAGAAGACGGACAACCUGAAGGAGUUUGUGAAUGCCGAGUACACAGACAGCUACUACAAGGGCCAAACUGCGCUGCACAUCGCCAUCGAGAGACGAAACAUGUACCUUGUAGACCUCCUGGUCAGGAACGGCGCCGACGUCCACGCAAAAGCCCACGGGGAGUUCUUCCAGAAAAUCAGCGGCAGGCCCGGGUUUUAUUUUGGUGAACUGCCGCUCUCUUUGGCUGCCUGCACGAACCAGCUCAACAUCGUGAAGUACCUUCUCGAUAACCCCUACCACCCGGCCAACAUUGCCACCCAGGAUUCCAUAGGCAACACCGUCCUCCACGCUUUGGUGGAGAUCGCCGACAACACGGAGGACAACACCAAGUUUGUCACCAAGAUGUACAACGACAUCCUCAUCCUGGGAGCCAGGCUCAACCCCACCCUCAAACUGGAAGAUAUCGCCAACCGAAGGGGGCUGACACCGCUGACCCUGGCGGCCAAGACUGGGAAGAUACAGGUCUUUGCGUACAUCCUCAGACGGGAGAUCAAGGAGCCGGAGUGUCGCCACCUGUCCCGGAAGUUCACAGAAUGGGCUUAUGGGCCUGUUCACUCGUCACUCUAUGACCUGUCCAGCAUCGACACCUGCGAGAAGAACUCGGUCCUGGAGAUCAUCGCUUACAGCAGCGAGACGCCGAACCGGCACGAGAUGCUGCUGGUGGAGCCUCUCAACCAGCUCCUGCAGGACAAGUGGGACCGAUUCGUCAAGCACCUCUUCUACUUCAACUUCUUCAUUUACGCUGCCCACAUCGUCAUCCUCACCGUCGCCGCCUAUUACAGGCCAACGAAAAAGCACGGGGAGCCCCCGUUCGCCUUUAAUUACACGACCAACGAGUAUUUCCGAGUCACCGGGGAGAUCCUGAGUGUGUUGGGGGGUGCCUAUUUCUUCUUCAGAGGGAUCAAGUAUUUUAAGCAGAGACAGCCAUCCCUGAAAGCAAUCUUUACGAACAGCUACAGUGAACUUCUCUUCUUCAUCCACUCUGUCCUGAUCCUGGGCUCAGCAAUCCUGUACUUCAGCAAGCAAGAACUCUACGUCAUCCUCAUGGUCUUCGCCUUGGCCCUGGGCUGGACCAACCUGCUGUAUUACACUCGUGGCUUCCAGCAGAUGGGGAUUUACUCAGUCAUGCUGGAGAAGAUGAUGCUGAGAGACCUGUGUCGUUUCAUUGUGGUCUACCUCCUUUUCCAUUUGGGCUUUUCGACAGCUGUCGUGACCCUCAUUGAGGACGACGAUGAGCUGCUGGCACAGAACCAAACUCACAGUACCUGUCAAUCAAAGUGCCGCCCCUCCUACAACAACUUCUACUCCACCUGCCUAGAACUUUUCAAGUUCACGAUUGGGAUGGGAGAUUUGGAGUUCACAGACAGUUACCACUUCAGGUCAGUCUUCAUCAUCCUGCUGGUGACUUACGUCAUAGUCACGUACAUCCUCCUCCUCAACAUGCUCAUCGCCCUGAUGGGAGAAACGGUCAACAAGAUUUCUCAGGAGAGCAAAAGCAUUUGGAAGCUCCAGAGAGCCAUCACCAUCUUGAACAUCGAGAACAGCUAUUGGAACUGCAUUGUCAACUCCUUCCGAUCUGGGAAACAAGUUCUGGUGGGGACUACUCCGGACGGGAAAAAUGAUUACCGUUGGUGCUUUAGAGUGGAUGAGGUGAACUGGUCCACAUGGAACACCAAUCUGGGCAUCAUCAACGAAGACCCUGGUGGAUACAGUGAGGAGCUGAAACGGAACCUGAGCUUUUCUUUCAAAUAUGGGAGAGUUUCAGGGAAAAACUGGAAGACCUUGGUCCCGAUCCGGAGAGAUGGAAAACGAGAAGGGUCGCUCAAGCCCAUUUCGGAAGACGGCGCGGAUUCAGAAGAGCAAGGCCCCCGGAAGAAAUCUCUCCCCAACCCUGUCUUAUGAUUUUGGGAAGCUGCUGAAUCAGUGGAAGAAUCUCCCCCCAAACCUUCUGUUAUGUUGUGGCAAAAAAUGUGUGUGUGUGUGUGUGUUAGAGAGAGAGAGAGAGAGAGAGAGAUGUUAAACAAGCAUCCAACAAGCCUCUCUUAUUGUGUGCCAUGAGCACUGGCUUUUGGGGGUAGACUGCCUCUGAAAGUGGAGGCUUGUCUGAUCAAUUAUGUCUAAUCGCAGAAUUUUUGCUGGGGAGGAAGGUGUUGCAUAUUUAAGUGCUUCCCCCACAUAAGAAGAGCCCUGAUGGAUCAGACUGAAGUCCCAUCUAGUCCAACAUCCUGUUUCCUACAGGGCUCACCCAGCUUCCUCUAGGGCAAUCUGCAAGCGGCACAUGAAGGCAUCAGACCUUGUUCCCCAGCAACAAAUAUUCAGGGACAGACUGCCUCUGAACAAGGAGGUUUCACAUAACCACCAUGGCCAGUAGCUUAUCCUCCAUGAUGUAAUCCAAUUCAAUACAUUUCAGCAAUGAUAUUAUUAUUAACUUUGCUAUUACUACUGUUAUUUAUUUUGAGUUAAUAUUUAAUAUUUAAUUUCAUUUAAUGCCACCUUUAUCUUCCAAGGAUCUUAAGGUGAUGGACCUCACAAGGAUCUACCCUGUGAGGUAGGGGAGGCUAAGAGACAGUGGCUGAUUCCAAGGUCACAGCCAGGGAGCUCCAUGGCUGAGUGGGGAUUCGAACCCUGCUCUCCCAGGUCUAACCUUAAUGCCACAUUGGACCUAAGUGACAAAGUUAGGGCCAUUAAUUUCAAUGGAUCUACUCUGAGCAGGUCUAAUAUUGGAUACAACCAGAAGUAGUAGUAUUUUCUCAGCCCUUUAAAAUCUGGCAUUUCUAAUAAUCGGGUUUUGAAAGAUUUUAUUGUGGAUUGUUGUGGCUUUUCCGUGUUUUCAUUAGCUUGCAAUCUGUCCUGGAAAAGGUUUUACCCGCCUUAAAAAAAAGUAUGUGUUGGGACAUAAUAUAAAUACAUAAAAUAAACUGAGAUACACAGAACU